UCGAUUUCAAGAAAAUUGCGACGAGUGAACUCGUCGCAAUUCCCAUGGUAAUUCAUCGUAAGUUACGAUGACUUACUAGGUCAUCGUAACUUACAACUUUGGACCAAAGAAAGAUUGUUUCAGCAAUGGCGCUUAUGUUUCUUGCGAAUUUUGAGGCAAGACAUGCUCUUCGAAGAGAAAGAAUUUUUCGUGAUAGAAAAAAAUUGGGCCAGAAAUCGAGCAUGCCACACAGGUAACACCUAAGACUUACCAUUAGUUAAACCAUUUAGGCCUAUUUAUUUGUACUAUAAGUUUGUAUGUUCCUGUCUGAAUUCUCGUAUCGAGCUUCUCACAUAAACGAUUGUCAUGGCCGGGGCCGCUGGGGAAUUCAAAGUUAAUCAUCAAUUAUUCAUUCAUAGCGCCGCCAUUUGUCGGCUCCCAAUAGCUUAAUGAUGGCGGCGCCCAUGAUUCAACGAAUGUGUGGGAUUUCUGCCGCGUUGGAAUUGCCGAAAACACACACUUGCGAAAUGGAGCACCUUUCUUUAAGGGAGUGUUUUUCCUUUUUAUACCUUCAUAUCUUUUUGGGAAAGAGGUUCACUUGAUACCACCUUGCAGAAGCCUAUGAAAUUAGGCUGUAUUUAAUAAUCUAACUUAACCAACUUUAUGAAUACAUAAGGUAUAUCGCAAAUAGCGACCGCAAGGAAUCAUGGGAUGCAAAAGGGUCGAUAGGGCGCCACCGCGCGCUUACGUUUGGACAGUCCGAGUGAAAUUCUCAUGACAACGGAUUCCUCAAGUUUGCUUGCAGUUUUUGUUUGCCGUUUACGAUGGGAAUUGGUGACCACUGUGCUGUGUUUGGUUGUGACAAUACUCGACGACAUCCAGACAGGUAUGUGAUCAAGGAACAUGUAAAGGUAUUAAAGUUCCACAUCUGCCGGAACAAGAAACACUUUCCUGUUUGGACCCAACUUCUUCAACGGAAGAAUUACAAAUUACUGCAUCAACUAAAGUCUGCAGCAACCAUUUCAAAUAUGGAGAGCCAUUUCCUGUUGAUCCACAUCCAACAUUGUUUCUGAAGGGUUACAAGACUGAAUUGGAUACGUCAAGACGUCCACCAGUGAAGCGGAAGGCAUCAAGUCCAACUACACCACAGCCAAAAAAGAAGACUAGAACAAGCUGGUUUAGAUCAAUUGGUGUUCAGGUGGAUCCGGUAGAUAUCGAAGUUGCCAGAGUCGAGCAUGACCACUGCUAUGCAAAACUCCCGUGUAUUAAGAACACUGUUUUCAGUUCAGGCUAUGUUAAUCAUCUGGAAGACGAAUUGUAUAAUAGAGAUACUCAGUGCAAUGAACUGAAGAACAGAUUGAAUGAGGCUAAAAAUUAUUUGGAGAGACACAGACAGGAAUCUCAGGCCAAAACAAAACACCUAUCAAUGAGUGACAUUUGCCAUUCAGAUGAACUUGUGAAAGUUUACACUGGACUCCCAAAUUAUGCUCUUUUUCAAUGGCUUUUUGAAGAAGUUAAGCAUCAUGCAAGUAAUAUGCAGUACUACAAAGGCAAAGUGUCCCAGACAGACAAAAAAUACCAAAAGAAUAACCUUGAAAAACCGGGACCCAAAAGAUCACUAGCAUUAGAGAAUGAAUUUCUGAUGACACUCAUGAAACUAAGACUUAAUCUCCGAGAAGAAGACUUGGCAUUUCGUUUUGGGGUUUCCCAGAGCACAGUGUCACAAGUAAUAUCCACUUGGGUACCCUUCCUUGACAAGGAACUUCAACCACUCAUAUACUGGCCUAGUGAAGAAGAAAUCUUAAAAUACUACCCCCAGUGUUUUCAUAAAUAUAAGGGUACAGUUCGCUGCAUUAUUGACUGCACAGAAAUUCAGAUUGAUAGGCCCUCACUAGCUGCAUCUAAUGCACAGGUGUACAGUCAAUAUAAAUCCCGGCCAACUCUGAAGUGCCUUGUUGGUAUCACGCCAGCGGGCACUAUUUCUUUUAUUUCCAAACCUACUGGAGGAAAUACAUCUGAUAAGAAGCUUGUUAAGAUGACUAACAUUAUUGAAAAACUGGAACCAAAUGACAUUCUAAUGGCUGAUCGGGGUUUUAAUAUUCAAGAACUGUUACUGCAUAAAAGUGUGAAACUCAUAAUUCCCCCAUUCAUGCGAACAACCAGCAGUUCAUCUCAGUUCACAGAGUCCGAGGACACAAGAACAAAAACUGUUGCCAAUGCUCGCAUCCAUGUUGAAAGGGCAAUUGGCCGAUUGAAGGAGUUCGCAAUACUAAAAGGUCCAAUUCCACUGACAAUGGUUGAUCUUAUGGAGUCAGUCCUUGUGGUGUGCUCUGCCAUAGUCAACCUUCAGCCAGUACUUGUUCCUCUGUCAUCCUAGCAAACUAAGUAAAAUAUUGAAGGGAAACUUGGCUUUUUGUAUUUCUUUCUUGUAUUUAAUUACAAGCAACAGCUUUCUGCCAAAUCCGAUUAUUCUGACAUAUACAAAAUUGUGUAUACAAUCAGUGCUCAAAAAUGCUCUGACUGCUCAAUGAAUCUUGUCAAGAUAACUUCUGAGCACAUAUAAUUGUUAUAAUACUAUGCAGCCCUUUUAUAAUUUACCAAUUGUUCUGACAUUGUCUUGGGAUACCCACCUACAUGUGUAUUUUCAGUGAGAUGAAUGGAAAAUAAAUUACAACAUGGAAAACUAAA